AGCCAAGGGGUUUUCAGCUUGUCUCCCUUGCUGAGGCUCAACACCCAUCGAUCAAGCCACUCACUCACAUCCUCCCGUCGACUUCAACAGAUCGGCUUGGAUCCUGCGACUGUUUCAAAUUUUGAAUAAUUCUUCAUCGCUUCAUUCGCGCAUUUCGUCAUGUCUGUCCAAGAGGUCACCACCAAUGCGUUUAAUGACCAAAAACCAGGUACUUCUGGUCUCAGAAAACGGGUGAAAGUUUUUGAACAGGCCAACUACACCGAGAACUUCAUCCAAGCCAUAUUAGAUGGGAUGCCCGAGCCAGGGGCCAAAGGCUCCACAUUAGUCGUCGGAGGGGACGGCAGAUAUUACAGCCCAGAAUGUAUCCAAAAGAUCAUCAAGCUUGCCGCCGGUAACCAAGUCAAGCACCUGAUCAUCGGACACAAGGGGAUCCUUUCGACCCCUGCUGUCAGUAACCUUAUUCGAAAACGAAAGGCCGAUGGGGGUAUCUUGUUGACUGCAAGCCAUAAUCCUGGCGGCCCUAAUGCUGACUUCGGCAUCAAAUACAACGUGUCUAACGGUGGCCCGGCACCCGAAGGAGUGACCGACAAAAUUUAUGAAAUCACUAAAACUCUCAAAAGCUAUAAGAUGAUCGAAUUGCCUGAAGUCGAUCUUUUAAAACUUGGCCCGCAAAACCUUGGCCCAAUUAGUCUUGAGAUAGUUGAUUCCGUUGCCGAUUACCUCGUACUGCUCAAAUCAAUCUUCGAUUUCGAUAGUAUCAAAGCUUACCUCCACGGUAGCCCACCGCCAUUGAAGGUACUAUUCGACGGGAUGCACGGGGUCACGGGUCCUUAUGGACAAGCUAUCUUUGUCGAAACCCUUGGUCUCUCGGCCGACUCGAUCCAGAAUUGCGUAUCCAGUCCUGACUUCAAUGGCGGGCAUCCUGAUCCCAACUUGACGUACGCCCACGAGUUGGUGGCCCGGGUCGAUAAGGAGAACAUAGGUUUUGGGGCGGCCUCAGAUGGAGAUGGGGAUCGAAACAUGAUUUACGGGAAGGAUGCAUUUGUCACCCCAAGUGACAGUGUGGCUAUCAUUGCCGAUUGGGCCCAGGAAGCUAUCCCUUACUUCAAAGAUGGUAUUAAAGGAUUGGCGCGUAGUAUGCCUACCAGUGGCGCUAUCGAUCUGGUUGCUAAAGCGAAAAAACUUGAAGUGUUUGAAGUGCCAACCGGAUGGAAGUUUUUUGGCAAUUUGAUGGAUGCCGGUCGAUUGUCUAUCUGCGGGGAAGAAUCGUUUGGAACCGGUUCAGAUCACAUUCGAGAGAAGGAUGGACUGUGGGCAGUCGUCGCAUGGCUUUCGAUCCUUGCCGCUGCCGAGAAACGAGGAAUCAAGAAUGGGAUCAAAGGUGUGCUCCAAGACCACUACAAGAAAUACGGGCGAAGUUUCUUCUCGCGUUAUGAUUACGAGGAAGUGGAUUCGGCUGGUGCGUCGAAGAUGAUGGCACACAUCGAGUCGGCCUUUGGGAAGGGUGAUUUCAUCGGCAGUUCGUUGAGCUCGGAGACUAGCAGUACGAGCUUCAAAGUCAAAGAAGCCGGUAACUUCAGCUACACCGACCCGAUCGACAAGAGCGUCUCCAAGGGACAAGGACUUUUCGUCAAGUUUGCAGACGGAAGUAGGAUUGUCUAUCGAUUGAGUGGAACCGGAAGCGCCGGUGCGACGAUCAGAAUAUACGUCGAAAAAUAUAGCAAAAACGAAGAAGAGUACGAUCAAGAUACUCAAGUCGGUUUGAAGCCCUUGAUCGAAGUGGCCUUGAAAUUGUCUAAGCUACAAGAAUUCACUAGCCGUGACAAACCUACUGUAAUCACUUGAGAUUCCAAUCGGUAAAAACAAAGUAUUCUUUUAGAUAUGUGAACUUCAAGAAAAAACAGAAAGCCUAAAAUUUACUCUGCUCUACCGUAGAAAAAUGUACACAAGUGUACUCCUGAUUGUCUCUUUCCUUUCUCUUCACACAUCAUCAUCCAUCAUAAUCGAAGUUAAAUUAUUGUUGUAGUGUACUCAUCAUCUGUAUGCCUCCAAAAAAACGUAAAACAGAAAAACAGAGUCCAUGCUCGAAAACCAUACUAUUUAUCUACACUUUUGUUGCUUCUUCCUGUGCGGACACCACUCCUAUCUUGAAUUGCUGUUGUAAAAUGGCAUUUCACCAUAAAUAUAUGAUUCCAUGUCUUGGAAAUCUCCACCCCUCAGAA